AUGUCUAACCCAGUAUAUGUUGCAAAUUGUAUUUUCUGUAGAAUCGCACAGCGUAAGGCACCAUCUACUUGCGUUUAUGAAACAAAAUAUUCUUACGCCUUUUUGGACAUAGGCCCUUUGUCAGAAGGGCAUACUCUCGUAAUCCCAAAAACUCACGCUGAAUUUCUACAUGAGCUUUCCGAUGAAUAUUUGGCCGAUUUACUUCCGGUUGCAAAGAAAAUAGCAAUCGGAACUAAGGCUGAGCAGUAUAAUAUAUUACAGAAUAACGGAAAAGAAGCACACCAGGCAGUGGGGCAUGUACAUGUUCAUGUUAUCCCGAAACCAAACCAAGAAGAAGGUCUAGGAAUUAAAUGGCCUGCUAAAGAAGUAUCACCAGAUCAACUGACUCCUAUUGCUCAACGAGUUAUUGAAGAGAUUGAAAAAAAUAGCCAAGAAGAAUCAUCAGAAAAAAUCUAG